AUGUAUCACCUCAUCACUGGCCUGUAUGCCGAAUGGACAAAAAAAGCGCGGUUCAACGUGCUGAUGGUCGGACCAUCAGGCGUCGGCAAGUCCUGUCUUCUGGAAAAGAUCAAAAGCCUCUACCUCCAACGCACAGCUCUACCACCGAAUAAGAUCGCCCCAACUGUGGGUCAGAAUGUGCUCGAAGUGACACUUCCGAACAUGCAUUUGCAUUUUUGGGAUCUGGGCGGUUCCGCGUCCGUGCGCGCGCUUUGGAGCAAGUACUACGACGAAUCAGACGCCAUUGUCUGGGUCGUGGAUGCGCGGCACUUUCUCGCUCUCGAUGCACACAAGCAGAAACAACAGCAAGGAGACAUCAAGGGCAAAGGCAAAGCUAGUGAGCCUGAUGCAGGGUCUGAAGCAUAUAACGCUCGCGAGUCAUCCUGGAAGCUUUUGUCCCAAUUGUUGAUAGAUCCAAGCCUAGAAGGUCGUCCCAUACUGAUUGUAGCGAACAAAACCGACGACUGCGGGUCAAUAUCACCCGACUUUGCGCGCACCAUCAAGAGUUGGUUCGCCGAGAAGAUAACACAUACAGAUGCUGAUCCGGCAGACGCGACAUCCAAAUUGUCACUGCAACUUCCGAUACAUAACGGAAACGUUUUUGCCGACGAUGAAGAAGAGUCCUACCGCUCACCAGUCGCGGCAGGCUCAAGACUGAACGACAAGGAGUACGAAUGGGACGUGAUCCUUGCAAGCGCAAUCGAAGGCACUGGGGUUCACGAUGCGGUAGAUUGGCUCUCGUUUCGCGUGCAAGGGUCACAAGCCGGGGUUAGAUGA